UUUAUUUUCUAUAUAUCCUUAAUAUUUUACUUCAAACAAGGUUAUAAACCGCUAUCGAGUACACGUAUGCAGUGAUUCUCGAGUAAAACGUGAAUUUUGUGAGAUAUUAGGAUUGAAAUGACGUGAAACAAGUGUAAAAUAUUACAAAUAUAAUGUUACCUCUUAUACAAAAAGACACCCGGCAGUCUCGGGGUGCCGUUUCUGGAAUUCGUGAAAAGUUUCAAAACUGGUUGAGAUUAAUAUUUUCGGACAAAAAUUCAAAAAACUUAUUUCUUUUUCUUUUACUGAAUUUGUCUUUUGCUUUUGUGGAGUUAUUCUAUGGAGUUUGGACGAAUAGCUUAGGUCUUAUUUCUGAUGCAUUCCAUAUGUUCUUUGAUUGUACGGGCUUGGUGGCUGGAUUAGCAGCUUCAUUAGUGUCAAAAUGGAGAGCAAAUGAACGUUACUCCUAUGGCUAUGCAAGAGCCGAAGUGUUAGCUGGUUUUGUAAAUGGACUUUUUCUGCUAUUCAUUUCAUUUUUUAUUAUGAAAGAGGCAGUGGAAAGAGCUAUUGAACCACCAGAGGUAAAACACGAAAGGCUACUCGUCGUCUCAAUCCUCGGGUUCCUAGUCAACCUGAUUGGCAUAUACGCUUUCCACCACGGCCAUGGUCAUGGCCACGGCGGCCAUGGCCACUCGCAUGGCGGACACGGCCACUCGCACAACCAUAACCAUGGCCACUCGCACGAUGAUAUCGAAGCCCCUACCGGCGCGGGAUCCGCCAUCAUGCGUGGAGUGUUCUUACACGUGCUUGCGGACACCCUUGGUUCCGUUGGUGUCAUAAUAUCCGCCAUUUUAAUGCAGCUAUUCGGCUGGAUGAGAGCAGAUCCAAUUUGCUCGAUGGCCAUAGCGUUGCUCAUAGCUGCGAGCGUGUUCCCGUUAGUGAUGGAUUCUGGUGGUGUUUUAUUGCAACGGACUCCAGCGACACUCGAAAGAGCGCUUCCAAACUUGUAUACUAGGGUUGUGGGCUUAGCCGGUGUUCAUGCGGUCCAAGAACCACAUUUCUGGACUCUCUGCAGUGAUGUAUACGUUGGGGCGUUAAAACUAGAAGUAGCUAGGGAAGUAGAUCCUCGAUAUAUAACUGAUCAAGCCGCAAGGAUCUUCAGAGAGGCUGGAGUCAAACACCUUACAGUUCAACUAGACUACUCCCCACUUUGAUUGAUAGCAUAAUGGUGCUUCUUCUGAUGUCACAAACUGAAUUGAAAUUUAUUUUCACUCCUAUUUUUAUGUUAAAAAAAAACAACCAAAUUAAAAUAAGUAGUAUAAUGAGUUUGAAUCGGGAUAAAUAGUCUUUCUCUAUAAUUUUCAAUGUCUUAUGAUACUUAAAUCUAACUUAGAUAAUAUAGUUGAAUUUAGUCAAUGGUGCAUCAGAAUCGACACCAAUGUAUCACGAAUGUACAUAAUACCACAAAGUGGGCGUUUAUUGUAUAUAAAGAAAGGAAUGUAAUUUAUACGCAAACUUUGCUAAAAAGCAAUACAAAAUCAAUAAAGUUGCUGUCAGUAUA